ACCCAGAAACAAAAGAAACUAUUUAAGAAAAUUUUCAAAUAAAUCAGGGGAGUUUUAAGACAAAAGAAAGGGAAAACUACGGACCUACUCAUUUGGGAAUAAAAAUUACCGUAGAAUGCAACGACUGCGCACGACUUUCACGCGUUCGCGCACACCCACCGGCGCUGAGAUGAAAACCCAAAAUAGUCUCGAGGUGCCGAAACAGCAGGUGCGUUCCGCUUCGUUUGAUGAAAUGCAAUUAGAGUCGCAACGUGUCUCGUCCCAACUCCUCAAGCAGCAAUCAUCGUCAUCGACAGAUGAACGUUCACUGGACACGGGUCUGUUGCAGGUGCCGCAGGCCACACACACGCAACGUUCGCAUUCCUUUGACUCGGCGGCGGCUUCCGCGGGCAGUGAUGAUUCGGGCACAUUCUUGGAAGUGCCGCGCCGUGGCAAGGCGCGUCGUAGCUCGUCAACAAAAACGCCACCACCCUGCAUACACUGCUUGUAUUUGGAGGAAUACUUGAAGCAGCAGAAAGCGGAGCAAAGCUACAUUGCUGCCGAUCGAUGUGAAUCGAGUUCACUCACCUAUGGCUACAGCAGUUCCGAUGAUGAUACUGACAACGAUGGCGCCAGUGUUGCCGCCGACGACGACGUUGUGGAGGAAGACGAAGAGGAUGAGGAGGAUGCAGCCACUGGCGAUGGCACCGAAACAGGCGGCGGCUCGUAUGAGUACGAUGAUGCGGCUUUGGAAAUGGACAUCAGACUGGGUGGGCUUAGCACUGGCAGCAGCAUUGAGGAGUCACGUGCGCGCCUGCCACGUCAAAUGCGUCGCCACACUAUAGGCAGCUCUGUGACCACCUCCGAGGAUGAGGGACUCGACGAAUCCGAACAUGAUUCCCCACAUUUCGGUAAUACGCUGCUGCCACCUUUGCCGACAACGCCAUGUGGCAUCACAUUCACGCUCUCGCCCACGAACGGCGAUUGCCCACCCUUUCCGUAUGCCUUCCCCAUCGACCCUGGCUCACCACCACCCUCACCAUCUAUUUCGUUUUCGGUUUGCGAUAGCCCAAUGUUGGAAUUGCCACCACCACCGCCUAUAUCGCCACUUGAAUUGCUGCCCCAUUCGCCCAUUUUCGAUUUGCCGCUGCCACCACCACCUGGAUUUAGCGGUGGUUUGAGUGCAGCUGGUGGAGAUGAUGCGGCUGAGGUGCCGCCUUCGCCUACCGCCAUGCGUCCUCGACGUCGCUCUAUUUCUCGGCAGGAGGCUAUUUUUGUGGAGCCAACAGGCAAUUCGCUGGAGAAUGUGUCACAGGGAGAAGAUUUGAAAUCAUCGGUUGAGGCGGUGGAUUCAGUGGAUGAGGCAUCCACAAUAGCUACUUGCGGCUCGCCGACAGCAGCCAAACAUGCGCUGGUUGUACGUGAUAUUUACCUAACUGUACCUGAUUUGAAGCGCGACCGUGCAGCCUCCGUCGAUUCGUGCUUUUCGAAAAUGUCGUCGGCCGGCAAGACAGAAGAGCUCCAGCCAAGCGAGGAUGGUUGUUUUCUCACCGUACCGAAUAUCAAUGCCACGCGUUCGCGCUCCGUAGACAUUGUGCUGCCGACGGAUGAGCAGGCACGCUACAAAGCGCUCGCCAUGACAGGCGUUUGCAGAGAUGGACGAUCAGCGUCGGCGAGUAAUGCACGUCGACCUAUACGAAUUGUGCCCGACUGGACCGAGAAUGCGGUGCAGGGUGAACACUUCUGGAAGCCCACGUCGGCUUCUGGCGAUUUAUGCUGCUUGAAUGAGGAGUGCAUUAAAAGUGGUCAACGCAUGAAGUGUUCGGCCUGCCAAUUAAUUGCGCAUCAAAAUUGCAUUCCAAUCGUCAAUGAAAAGACUCAAUUAGCGUGUAAGCCAACAUUUCGAGACGUAGGCGUAAGACAAUACAGGGAACAAUCAACGACGCAUCACCACUGGGUGCAUCGCAAGAUGGAAAAGGGCAAAUGCAAACAGUGUGGAAAGGCUGUUCAAGGCAAACUUUUUGGUUCGAAGGAAAUCGUUGCAUUGUCCUGCGCCUGGUGCCACGAAGUCUAUCAUAACAAGGAGUCCUGCUUUAAUCAAGCGAAAAUUGGCGAAGAAUGUUUGUUGGGCAACUAUGCACCCAUCAUCGUACCACCCUCGUGGAUAGUCAAGCUGCCCACCAAGGGUAAUUUCAAAUCCUCCAUACGAGUUAACAACAAAGCCAAUGUCACCAUAGCGGGCGGUAAAAAGAAGGGCAUGAGUAAAAGACAAAAACAAAAGGAGGAAAAGAAGGAGCCACGAGCUUUCAUCGUGAAACCCAUACCAUCGCCGGAUGUCAUACCCGUGAUAGUGUUCAUCAAUCCGAAAUCUGGCGGCAAUCAGGGAGUGAAGCUAUUGGGUAAAUUCCAACAUUUGCUCAAUCCACGACAAGUUUUUGAUUUGACGCAAGGUGGCCCGAAAAUGGGCUUGGAAUUAUUUCGCAAAGCGCCUAAUUUACGUGUAUUGGCGUGUGGUGGCGAUGGCACAGUCGGUUGGGUACUUUCAGUGCUGGACAUGCUCAAUCCACCGAUAACGCCCGCGCCCGCCGUUGGUGUGCUGCCGCUUGGCACGGGCAAUGAUCUGGCGCGCGCGCUCGGCUGGGGUGGUGGCUACACUGAUGAGCCGGUCAGCAAAAUAUUGCGCGAAAUCGGUAUGUCUCAGACUGUACUGAUGGAUCGCUGGCGCCUGAAUGUCACGCCAAACCCCGAUGCGGAAGAUGAUAACGUGAGCCGCAGCAAGGACAAUGUACCUUUAAAUGUGAUCAACAACUAUUACUCCUUUGGCGUGGACGCGCAUAUUGCACUCGAAUUUCAUGAGGCCCGCGAAGCGCAUCCAGAACGCUUCAACUCGCGUCUGCGCAACAAAAUGUACUACGGCCAAAUGGGCGGCAAGGAUCUAAUAUUGCGGCAGUAUCGAAAUCUCUCGCAGUGGGUGACGCUCGAGUGUGACGGCGCCGACUUCACGGGCAAGCUGCGUGACGCCGGCUGCCAUGCGGUGUUAUUUCUUAAUAUUGGCAGCUAUGGCGGUGGCACACAUCCCUGGAACGAUUCGUUUGGCCAGUCCAAGCCGGCCAUUGAUGACGGCAUGAUCGAGGUCGUCGGCCUGACCACAUACCAGCUGCCCAUGCUGCAGGCCGGCCUGCACGGCACCUGCAUUUGCCAAUGUCGGUCAGCGCGCAUCGUCACCAAGAAGACAAUCCCCAUGCAGGUAGAUGGCGAGGCGUGUCGCGUGAAGCCAUCGAUUAUCGAAAUGAGUUUGUUAAACAAGGCGGUGAUGCUAGCCAAACGCAAACACGGUCGUGGCGAUGUACAGGUGAACCCAUUGGAGAAACUGCAUUUGACCAUUUUGCGCAUAACAAUGCAGCAAUACGAACAGUACCACUACGAUAAGGAAAUGUUGCGCAAAUUGGCCAAUAAGUUGGGCAAAAUGGAGAUCGAGUCGCAGUGCGAUUUGGAACAGGUGCGCAACAUGCUCAAUGCCAAAUUCGAGGAAUCGAUAACCUACCCAAAGGUGUCGCAGGAUUGGUGCUUCAUCGAUUCCUGCACCGCCGAGCAUUACUUCCGCAUCGAUCGCGCCCAAGAGAAUUUGCACUACAUUUGCGACAUUGCCAUCGACGAGUUGUACAUUUUGGAUCAUGAAGCCGCCACCAUGCCACAGACACCGGAUCAGGAACGCUCCUUCUCGGCUUAUUCGCAACGCAUUGGCGCACAAAACGAGCGCCGCAGCAUGGACCCGCAAGGCCGCUCGGGCAGCACUGAGGAUGAUUUGCAAAUUGGAAAACCUGUUAAGGUUAUGAAAUGGAAGAGCAACAAAGAUCGAUUGUUCAGUUUCAACGAAGACGUCUUCGGUUACGGAUUCAGCCCUAUACUGGAACAAACUUCCGAUGCCGUACUACUAGCGGCGCAUCAAGGCGACCUAAAUAUGUUACGUGCACUACAUGAACAAGGAUACUCACUACAAUCAGUAAACAAAAAUGGACAGACAGCACUGCAUUUCGGCUGCAAAUACGACCACAAAGACAUUGUCCGAUAUAUAAUAUCGUGCGCAUCACGACGUCUGAUCAAUUUGGCAGACAAGGAUAAGGGACAAACAGCACUGCACGUUGCUGCUGAAAAUAAUCGCCGCGACAUUUGCGUGAUGCUGGUGGCUGCGGGCGCUAACCUACAGGCGCGCGAUCUAUGCGGCAACACACCCAUGAUGGUGGCCUUCAAUAAAAACUUCACCGAGAUUGCAACAUAUUUGGAAAGUAAGAUGCUUUGCGCUACAAUACAUACAACAACAGCUAUAGCGAAGAAACGCAAUAAAAUGCAGCAACAAAAACCGUAAUCCGUAAUCCGGACAGCUAAAUGAAUAGGCUAGGCAGCUAAGGCUAGAAGCUAAAAGCUAAAAAUGACAAAUCGCCCGCACCCUCCCAAAAACACCACUUCGGCUAUUUCCCCGAUAGCAAUUAUUGAUUGCCACGAAAUGCAGUAGUUUGUUUAAAUAAAAAAAAAACGAAAAAGCAGAAAUAAAAACAAAAAAUUGCACUGGUUUAUAUUAUAAGCUUUGUAUUACCGUUAUAUGCAUGUAUUUGUAGGUUAUGUAACUCUUUUGGUUGUGUUUAAAAUUUUCUUUUGUGAUUUUCAUUCAUUUUAGUUGUUAAUUUUACUAUGUGGGGAAUUUUUUAUUUAAAUUAAUUUUAAUGCUCAUUUACCCCCUUAACUGUAUUGUUUGCACUCGUAUGUUAGAGCUGGUUUUAGGUAAUCGAUAGUAGAAUUUCAGAAUUUAUUAUUAAAUUUUAAUUUUAACGACACAAAAUUAAUAAACUUUACUUGUGUAUCUUUUUUAUUCUGCUUCUGCAUACAAAUGAUAAAAACGAAAUUGCAAAAACAAAACAAAAAACAUAAAAACUCAAUGUGACAACCAAACAUUCCAUAACAAUUAAGGUCAAGAGCGUUUUCUCGUAAUGCAGAGACAGUCGCGAAAUUGAGUCGAGAUCAGGCGAGCAAAACUGGAUAUAAGUAGCAACAGAAGUUAAGCAAAUUAAAAUUAGCAUUAAUUAAAGUGAACAAUAGCAUAAGUACACAUAAAUACAUUUAGAAACUAAGUAUUGAAAUAAAAUUAAAAAAAGCAAAAACAGCUAAACAGGCAACAAGCAACUAUGGGCACUUUGAAAUGAGGACUACGAAGCCCAAUUAGAAAUAUUUUCACUAUUUAUUAGAUAGAUUUACGCUUUUCGCAACGCUUUUAACGGGAAUUUGCAUAGGAAACCACACAGCAGAGAAUUCAUGCAAUCUAAUUGAUUUAUUCGCAUACAUUUAAGCAUCAUAACAAUUUUCGAUUAACACACAAAUCCACUAUAAGUAAUUGAGAGCAAUUCUUCAAGCAGUAAUCGUAAUCAAGUAGUUUAAUAGUUACCAACUGGAGUGAAUUAUACUCGUAUUUAAAAUUAUCAUUACUUCUUCAAACCAGAUUUGAUUCAAGCGAAUGAAAAUUUAACGCUGAGACAAAUUCAAAGAAAAUUAGUAACGUAAGCUCGUAAAUUUUUUCGAAAACUAAUACAAAUAGCGCAUAAGUAUGCCGAAAGUAGUGGCGACUAUACGAAAAAAAGCAAAAACAAAAAAUACAAAAUAAAAUGCAAAAUUUAAAAUGGUAAGCAGCUCAGCAGGAGCGAAAGAAAGAUUCAUUUGUGAUAUGGAAUUAAUUAUAAAGAAUGUUCUGUGAAAACAAAAUAAAAGCAGGCAUUGGCCAAGUUUGCGCCAGCUACAUGAGUAGGGCAGGCGGCGAAUUUUGGUCGCAAGUAAAUUUAAACUAAGCUUACAUUAAAUGUGAAUUAACUUAGGAAGCUCUUCAUAAAUAAUUUUAGUAAACUAAAAAAUCGAAUACAAAUCUAGUUGAUGUACGAAAAAAAUAUAUGAACGGCGAAAAUUUUACGCUCGCAACAAGCAAAUGAGCAACAUAUAGCCUUAAAACACACACACACAGUUACACACACACACACACACACACACACACACACACACACACACACACACACACACACACACACACACACACACACACACUCAUACACAUAUACUCAUAUUAAAUACUUGAAAUACUUAUGUAUGAAUGUAAUUGCAAAAAGUUAAGAAAUACUCAGCAAACACUAAAAUGCAAUUGAAUUCACUUUUGUUUUCGAAUUGCACUCGCUUUGAUGGAUAUGAAUUAAAAAUAAAAAAAAUAAAAAAAACAAUAAACAACACA